AGAGAGAGAGGGGAGGGGUUGAUAAUGAAAGAGAGAUGAGCGCCUGAACUGAAGCGGCGCAGCUUCCAGAGAUGUCACAGCGGCGCCGCUUUCUCCGUGUUCCGUCCAAGCAAAAGCACCUCUGCAGCCCGCUCUGUUGAACAUUUAUGUGUCCGUUCAGUCCGUUCGGUUUGUAUAAUGCGUCCAGGAGCGCGUCGUCCUCCCGUCGAUGCUGUGCGGCUUCUCCUGCGUCUCUGGCUCCUGGUUUCCCUUCACCGUGUGUUUGUCGCCGCGUCCGAAGGCGCUGUUUACAACGGAGAGAGCAGCCAGGAUUCAGUGAAGAGCAUCCUUGAGUACACCCACAGUUAUGAGAUUACUUCUCCCACAUGGCUGCAUCCUCUCAGGCCCCACAGGUCUGCCAGCAAAGAGCAUCCAGCAGAGGUCCAGGUUGUGAUCACAGCCGAGGGCCAAGAGCUCCGACUGCACCUACAGAAAAAUGAGCAGCUGUUGGCCCCUGGAUAUCAGGAAAUAUGGUACAGCCCUGAUGGAGCUCGCAGGUCCUCUUCUCCUGCCAACAAUGGACACUGCUUCUAUCAUGGAGAGGUUCAGGGCAUGGCAGGUUCCACGGUUGCUGUCAGCACUUGUUCAGGACUCAGGGGAAUGAUUUCUCUGAACACCAGCGUCAGCUACCUGAUAGAGCCUCUUCCUGAUGCCGCGGAUCCUCAGCAGCAUGCUGUGUUCAGAGCCGAGAGCCUCCACCUACCCAGGGGACGCUGUCUGCAUCACCAUGGCAACGAGGAGCAAGAGGACGGGCUUAAUGACUUCCUCUAUGGAAUGAUGUCACCAGCGAGGAGGCGGGAGAAAAGGGAAGUGGGUCAGAAUAUGAAGUAUGUAGAGCUCCUGCUGGUGGCCGACAAGGCCGAGUUUCAGAGCCAUGGGAAUAAUCUUGAGAAGACCAAACUGAAGUUACUAGAAGCAGCCAACUUGGUUGACAAGUACUACAAGGCCUUGAACAUCCGCGUGGCAUUAAUCGGCCUGGAAGUGUGGACCAACCAGGACAUGAUCAACGUGACGGAUAACGCUCACAGCACGCUGGCGGGGUUCCUGUCCUGGAGACGCAAACAUCUUAAAACGCUCCCCAACGACAACGCUCAGCUCAUCACGGGGAGGCCGUUCCAGGGCACCACUAUCGGGCUCGCGCCUCUCAAAGCCAUGUGCUCUGACUAUCAGUCCGGUGGAGUCAACACGGACCACUCGGAGUCAGCGGUCGGGGUGGCCGCCACCAUGGCGCACGAGAUGGGCCACAACUUUGGCAUGAGUCAUGACAGCACAGGCUGCUGCCAGGCCAAACCAGAGGACGGGGGGUGCAUCAUGGCUCCUGCUACCGGGGAUCCGUUUCCACAUGUUUUUAAUGGCUGUAACCUGAAGGAGCUGAAGAGCUACCUGAGCUCCGGGGGAGGGAAGUGUCUCUUCAACCUGCCCAACACCAGGGCCAUGUAUGGAGGGCAGCGCUGCGGCAAUGGUUACCUGGAGGAUGGAGAGGAAUGUGACUGUGGAGAAGAGGAGGAAUGCACCAGCCCCUGCUGCAACGCUAAUAACUGCACGCUGAAAGCUGGAGCUGAGUGCGCCCAUGGGGUCUGCUGUCACAACUGCAAGCUGAAGAGCCCGGGCGUGUUGUGCCGAGCUCCCUCGGGGCCGUGUGAUCUGCCAGAGUACUGCGAUGGAAAGGCGGAGUCCUGCCCUGCUAACUUUUACCUGAUGGAUGGUGCAACGUGCGCGGGCGGGCAGGCCUACUGCUACACCGGCAUGUGUCUGACCUUAGAGCAACAGUGUCUUUCACUCUGGGGACGAGGCGCCCGUCCAGCCCCCAACCUGUGUUUCCAGAAGGUGAAUGAAGCCGGGGACAUGUACGGGAACUGUGGAAAGGAUCUGUUUGGGAAGUACCGGAGCUGCAAGGACAGAGAUGCAAAAUGCGGCAAAAUCCAGUGUUCGACAUCAGCCUCCACACCCACCGGGAGCAAUGCUGUUCCCAUAGAAACCACAGUCACUGUUGGCAGCAGGAGAUUGAAGUGUAUGGGAACUCACGUGUACAAGCUGAACCAGGGGGACGAGGAGCCGCAGGGCGACACCCUGGACCCGGGCCUGGUCAUGACGGGAACCAAGUGUGGCGACGACUCGAUUUGCUUCAACGGAGAGUGCCGCAAUGCAUCUUUCCUCAGAGCUAAUGAGUGCAACGCCAAGUGCCACGGACAUGGGCUGUGCAACAACAACCGUAACUGCCACUGCGAUGCAGGCUGGGCCCCUCCGCGAUGUGAUCAGAAGGGCUCAGGAGGAAGUCUAGAUAGUGGACCAGUCGUCAGCCAGAGUUUCCUUCCGUACCUUGUUCUCCUUCCACUGGCUCUCUUUUUGGUUCUGGCUGCUCUUGGCCUGUGGUUCUGCCACAGACAUAAGCUCGGCCCACUUAAAGCCUCUGCUCCACCGCCAGUGCCAAAAUGUUCAGACACGCUGCAAGGCAAAUCGGUGCACACUGACGGUCAAGUCAACGUUCACACCAACCCAACUUUCCUGCUUAAGAAGCACGACUUGUCUUCUCCUCGUGCGACCCCGUCUUGCCCGACUCGGACCAGACAUGCCAUAGUGCGUCCAGCGGUGAAGCCUCCUCCCAUUCCUGCAUACACUAGAGAGCCGAAAGAGCAGACGCCACAGACUAACGGCCAGCCUAUCACCUCUCCUUCAGCCCAAAAGUCUCCUCAGGUUUACCCCCCCACUCCCUUUAAGUCUACCCAGGGCGGCGGACAGGCGUCGUCUCCACUUCUAGGACCCGGAUCUUUAUCUUCCAAAGACCCUAAAAGCCCGUUGCAGCCCCCAGCAGUAAACAAACAUCGGCCAGAUCCCCCGAACAGACCUCCACCCCCGUGUCCUGUCAAAAGACCAUUGGUGCAGGAACAACAUGUGAAAGGCUUGCAGCUCACGACUGAUGCCCUGCAGAGAGGAAAAACUGCUUUGGCUCCAUCUGCUGGACAGAAAAAGCCAAACUGCUUGAAUUAGGAACCGCAGGGACAGGAACGACCUCUUACAUCCAGUAAGGGACUGCCUCAAAUUGUCUUUAGAACAGCUGCAGCACUGUGGAAAAAGAUAAAUACUUGAUCACGUACUUCCACUUAUGUGCAUUAAAGGGAAAAUUAUAUAAUUAUAGCAAGUUACUGUAAGAAUGUGUUGCAAUGAGUUUAUGUUGCGUUGAAGAUUUGGGCCUCAUCAGUGGUUUGUACAUUUUAUUUUCUUUAUCCAACUGAAACAGCUUGUGCUGAGAAUUUAAAUAUAUUUUUUAAUUACCAUGCUGUCUCAGAUGUUAAGGGAAAUGUGAAAUUUUGAAGUAUUUAUUCUCAAAGUAUGGAAAAAUGAAUGUUUACAGUGCAGCCUGUGUACCAAACAUGGCGCCUCUUAAGUGGCAUAGCUAUAAAAUGAUGUCUUAUAUUAAGAAAAGAUGGAAAUAAUGACAUUGUUGCAUUUUUUUAGAUGUGAAUAAUAAUGAAAAUAUGGUGGCUUUCAAUUGGGGAAAUGGUAACCAGUGAAAACCACACAUGCAUGCUGUAAAUAUAUGCCCGUGACAAAGAGGGAUACACGUCCGCACUUUAAGAAGUGUGAGGAUUGUUUUUUAGUUUACAUGUUUUCAAUUUUUGUUAUUUUGUAUUGUUGUAGCUUUGCACUUUUCUGUUACACAUCAGUCCCUGAAUGCAUCAGAAAUGACUGUUUUGGGAGAAAGAUAAUAAACAACAAUCCUUACAGAGUUGCUCUAUGAACCCGGUGGAGCUGAAUGUAAAAGUGGUCUGAAAAGUUUCAUUUGAACCCACAAGAGUUAUUAUUUCUCAGCUCUGUCACUGGCAGUCAAGGAUUAAGUUGCCUGGAUAAUUUCAUGUGAUAAAACUGAGCCAUACAUGGGACAACAGCUCUCAGGUCGACCUAUCAGAACACCACCAUCAACUGCGUUUAGUCUUUUGAUUUACAAAAUCUGUUCAGCAGCAGCUCUUGUUGUCCAGAACUGUGAUGGACCUCCUCCCCUCACCAAGAAAACUGUCUCAUGUGACUGCAGGUUGGGCUCCACUGAUAGAUUUGGCAUGAUUGGUUUGUAUUUCACAUUACUGUGGUCCAUUUGACCUCAUGAACAAAUGUCCAUUUGAACAUGAAAAUGCAGACUGUCAACUGCCGUAUUGUACCUUAUCAUCUGACCUAUGCAAACGCAGGAAUCUGGAAAAUGGGAAUAAAAUAAAGACAUUUCAAAAUAAAAA